GCAGACUUUUUGGGCACUCCAUUGAUAUAGUGGCAGUGAUGAGAUACAGAAAGCAGAAUCAUAUGCUGCUAGCACUGCUGCAGCUCUUUGUAAUAGUUCCAUUUUGUUUUACUCGAAAACCGGUAGCCACACUUCGAUGUCCAAAUUGUGGCAAAUUACCAGUACCUUACCCACUUAGCACUACAGGAAGCUGUGGUGACCAGUUGUAUAAGGUGAGGUGCACUGCAGGAAAGCUCUGGUUUGACGCCCUCAAUGCAUCAUCCUACAUUAUCACUUCUAUCUCCCCUAAAACUCAACAACUAAUUAUCCGGCCAAAAGGGAUUUCUCGAAACAGUUGUAGAGGUGUGGAUAUACGAUCUGGAGGCCUCCAGCUUAAUCAAAGCCUACCGUUUAAUAUUACUAGCAGCAAUACCAUUCUGCAAUUCAACUGCACGCGUUCAUGGUUGAGGGUAUCAGCUUCGGAUUGUUCAUCCAGUAGUCUGUGUUAUGCAUACAUGAAUACGAGUAGAGGUUUGGGGACAAGGUGCAGUGAUUUGAGUUGUUGCUCUUAUACAACUGGGGGUUCCAAAACUGCAUAUCUAAUUGGCAUUGCUGAGGGUAGAUGUACAGCGUAUGAGAGCUUUGUUAACUUGAAUGUGCCUUUACCUGUCAAAAAAUGGCCAGAACCCGGAAUCCAGAUACAAUGGGAGACACCUCGCGAACCUAGAUGUGCCUUACCUUCAGAUUGCAACGGUUUGGCCAAUUCGAUGUGUUUACCUGAUUCUGUAGUUGCAGGACAGAAGCGGUGCUUUUGCAGCAAGAAAUUUCAGUGGAAUCCAAUAAAUGGAACAUGUGACAUUAAGAAGUGUAGCGAAAAUAAACACUGUUCUAAAUACAGAAAUCAUAAGAAGCUAUAUCAAGGUUUGACAUUCACAGCGUCUGGAAUCGUAAUCAUCAUAAUAUUUUUUAUACUAGUUCAUCAGCAUAAGCAGCACAUAAAAAGAGAAGCUCAUAGAAAAUUGGUCAAGCAACGGGAAGAAGUACUGAGUGCCAACAAUCAUGGAAAAACAGCUAAACUAUUCUCAGGUAGAGAGAUGAAGACAGCAACAAACAACUUCUCCAAGGAAAAUCUUCUUGGUAUAGGUGGAUUUGGUGAAGUCUAUAAAGCUCAUCUAGAGGAUGGUACAUUAGCUGCGAUAAAAACAGCAAAACAUGGUAAUAUUCUCGGAAUGGACCAAGUCCUAAAUGAGGUCUGCAUUUUAUGCCAAGUAAAUCACAGGAGUCUGGUCCGACUGCUUGGGUGUUGUCUUGACCUAGAGCAACCAGUAUUGGUUUAUGAGUAUGUUCCUAACGGGACACUCUUUGAUCAUCUACAUGGGCGAUACUCCAAUGAAUGGGGGACUCUUACUUGGCAAAGGAGACUCUUCAUUGCUAAACAAACGGCUGAUGGUCUUGCUUAUCUCCAUUUCUCUGCUGUGCCACCCAUUUUCCACCGAGAUAUAAAAUCAAGUAACAUAUUACUAGAUGAAAAGCUUGAUGCUAAAGUUUCUGAUUUUGGCCUCUCAAGGCUUGUAGACACUGAGGCUACUCAUAUUUCCACUUGUGCUCAAGGAACUCUAGGAUACCUUGAUCCAGAAUAUUAUCAGAAUUACCAAUUAACUGACCGAAGUGAUGUUUACAGCUAUGGUGUGGUUCUUUUAGAGCUUCUUACUUCCAAGAAAGCUAUAGAUUUUAACAGGGAAGAUGACGUAAACCUUGCUGUUUAUGUAAGAAAGUUGGCAGAUGCAGAGAAAUUGUUAGAUGCGGUUGACCCAGGACUUGCAAUGCAGGCCAGCAACUUAGAAUUGGAAACGAUGAAAGCAUUUGGCCUUCUUGCUGUAGCAUGCAUCGAUGAACAAAGGAAGAACCGGCCUUCAAUGAGAGAAGUCACCGAGGAACUUGAAUAUAUAAUUAGUAUCAUUGCCAAGGAAUCCAAGACUCUUCUCUAGCUUACACACUUUCCCAUAGUUUAAUGGGAUUGCCACAUAAUUGCAAUGGCAUGUAGGUUUUUCUAAUGUAUAUUAAAUUUGGACUUAAAUUUGUAUAUCCGAACUUGGCAAAAGUAACAAGUUCCAACUUUGAUGCGUUUGAAUUGUCUUUGAUCAAUUUCUGUAUCCAUAGAAGAUGGAAAUGACUUUUUAU